AUGUCCACCAGCCUGACCACUUGCGAGUGGAAGAAGGUUUUCUAUGAGAAAAUGGAGGUGGCAAAGCCAGCAGACAGCUGGGAGCUCAUCAUAGACCCCAACCUCAAGCCUAACGAACUGGGCCCGGGCUGGAAGCAGUACCUGGAGCAGCAUGCCUCAGGCAGGUUCCACUGCUCCUGGUGCUGGCACACCUGGCAGUCGGCUAAUGUGGUCAUCCUCUUCCAUAUGCACCUUGAUCGAGCCCAGCGUGUUGGCUCGGUGCGCAUGCGCGUGUUCAAGCAGCUGUGCUACCAGUGCGGCACCUCACGGCUGGACGAGUCCAGUAUGCUGGAGGAGAACAUCGAGGGCCUGGUGGAUAACCUCAUCACCAGCCUCCGUGAACAGUGCUACGAUGAAGAUGGUGGCCAAUACCGCAUCCACGUGGCCAGCAGACCGGACAGCGGGCUGCACCGCAGCGAGUUCUGCGAGGCCUGCCAGGAAGGCAUCGUGCACUGGAAGCCCAGCGAGAAGCUGCUGGAGGAGGACGCUGCCUACACCGAUGCCUCCAAGAGAAAAGGCCAGGCCGGUUUUGUCUACAACUUCUUCUCAUUUCGCUGGUGUCUGUUUUGGGGUACUCUCUGCCUGGUUAUUGUCUAUCUGCAGUUCUUCCGAGGCCGUUCUGGCUUUCUUUAG